CGGACGUCAAACGAUGCGUUCUAUUGCUCUUGCUCCGAGUUCGAAUCGAAGCUCUUCUGGAUAUUCUGCUGCGCUGCAUAUUUGCUUUGAAACAUGGAUUAUCGUCUGCUGCCUUUAAUCCGUGACCUUUCGUUCUGUGUUGCAGGGGAUGGGCCGUGAUGGGUCGCGGUUAUUCCGGCGGCCCCGCCAACGCCCCAAGUGUUCUUCUUCUGCAACUUCUCAUUAUCGUCUGCAGUUCGUCGCUAGUGUAUUCGGCGGAGUGCAGGGUUCAGCUGUGCUCUCGACAAUACGCUCGUGCCACCGAGGAAGACAACAUACAACAGGGCGCAACCUUUCGCUACUGCAGCUUACUGAGGAGCUACUCGGACUGCGUUCGGGCCACGGCCCGAUCCUGCAGAGGCGACUUGUCUUAUCAUACGGUGCAGUCACUCGUCUCGCAGUGGAUGCGCAUGUUCGACUGCACACGCGUGCUGGAGAAGGGUCCACAGGCCAUGCCGCCUCCGAAGCACCCUUCAAGACCAGGAGGCGGACACCGGUUCCAAAAACCCCCUCAUCAAGAGUGCAACAACUACCGCCCCGUUGGAGGGUACAGCCACUGCGCCCUUUUCGGCGAUCCCCACCUGAGGACUUUUUAUGACGAGCUUCAGACGUGUAGUGUGCCUGGGGCGUGGCCACUCCUCGAUAAUCCUCACGUGGCCGUGCAGGUGACCAAUGAGCCUGUGGGAAAGGGAUCAGUGGCCACAGCGAUCACCAAGGUAACUGUCAUUAUUCGUCAACAUGCUCCAUGUGCCAUUGAGAAAACGUACGAGGCCCAGACAGACUUCCUGCCUGGGGUGUUUGUGGACGGCCAAAAAUGGAGUGGCCCGGGUGUCCGCAUCAAGGAAGAGACUCCUGGCAAACAUGUUGAAAUAUAUUUACGUUAUAUAAAUACUCGCAUUGUCAUCAGACAAUCAGGGCGUUAUCUGACCUUUGCCGCCAAGAUGCCCAGUGCCAUAGCUGUGCAAGGGGCCCAAGAAGAUACUUUAGAACUCUGUGUUCGAGGCUGCCCUCGCCGGGAACGCAUCGACUUCGAACGGCUUCUGGAAUCCAAAAGCGGACCAAAGAGUGAAGCCAUUGCUGCUUGCCGUGCUCUCAACAUCACAGACUUUUAUUUUGAUGCUUGCGUGUUCGAUCUCUUGACCACAGGAGAUGGCAGCUUUAGUGCUGCUGCAAGAGAUGCCAUGCUGGACGCUGGUCAGCAGUCGGUUGUGAAUGGAAGCCUUCCCAUAGUGCCCAGGAGUGUGGAGAGUGGGCAAGAAUCACUCUGUUCUUCGUUUCUUCUGCUGAGGUUUAUGGCGGGAUUGUUAUUGCUGGUUUGGAUUCAGAUGAAUAGGUAGCCAAGGCUUGCUUGGUGAUCAUGAUAAAAGUAAAAUUAUAAUUUGUCUGUAUUAGAGGCAUUGGUUUUCUUGAAAUCAGUUUUUUUUAAGACCAAUUAACACAAUUCAUAGCAUUAAAAUUUUAAAUCAUAAUUGUAGCAGCAGUCUUAUAAUUACUUGGUUUUAAGCUUGGGUUAUUUUAGGGCAAUUUUUGAUAUAAACGAAUUUAGAUAAAUUUUAAUGUUCUAUUCCUUUGAAAACUUAUUUGUAAAACAUAAGACUUUCAUAUAAAACUUUUAACGUACAAUUUACCCUGCACAAAUAUAUUGAAAAUUCUGUCACCAAUUUCAUAUAAUAAAAUUAUUUUAUGGCUGAAAUUUUUCUUCUGUUAAAAAUGAAACAUUUCAGUAACUACCAAAAAUUUUACUUUAACAGCACUUUUAUAAUAUAUGACAUUUACUUUUAUUAUAAUUUUGACAAGUAUUCAAUUAUAUUUAAUUUUGAUUUGGCUUGAAAACUGUGAAGCUGUGAAUUCUCCGAAUUUGUAUAUAGUAUAAAUAAACUGAAUUCAAGUAAUCUAACUUGUCUAAUAUGGAUAUAUUUGUGAAUAGAAAAUCAUUGAUUCAGCAGAUUUUGUUCCUUCAUAGAAUCAUGUAGAUAAAAAAAAAAUGGAAGAAAAUUUAAAUUAUCCAUUCUCAUUAUGGAUGGAAAAAUGAGUAGACAUUUUCAGAAUUUAAGUUUUAGAUGUGUGUUUGAACGUGUUGUUGUCAUGAUGCUCUAAUAUAGUAACAUUGGAAUGUGCAGAUAAAUGCAUGUAAAAAGAGCAGUGCCAUUUCUCAGGUUGAUGAAUUUCAUUGUUCGUUUGAGCACAUUCAUUUCAUAUUUUCCAUCCAAAAUACCAGUGCCACACCUAAUCCAUGUGAUAACAUGACUUUGUUGACGAUCACUUGUCCUAUGUUGUGUAGAAUAUUUGAAGAAGGUCUCUUAUAACUCUUUAGUAUCCAAGGUAUGAUUCUAAUUAUUAAAUCCAUCUUUGAUCUGUUGGAUGUAACUGUUAAUAUUUAAAUUACAUAAAAUAAGAAAUAUUGAAUCGUGUUUCGUGACUAUUGAAUGAAUCAGUGAUUUGAAUCCACAGUAAUUUCAUCUGCUGGAAAGUUAUAUAUAAAGAUAUAUAAUUGACAUGAAAAUAAAAACUUGUGUCUUUAUUAGAGAUACUUUAUAUAUAAAAUAUUCUAAACAAAUAAAAACAUAAUAAUAUCUCUAUAUUAACUCUUUUCAGUCCAUUGUUUUCAUAAUGUCAGCUAUGGUCUGAUGCAGGACUGAAAAUAGUUAAUGUUCAUAAUGUUUUUUCCUUGCUACUUUUUAUGGCAAGAUCUUAUCUCCAUCUUUUAUAAGUAAUUUUUAUAAAGUCUUAAAUUUCAUUAGUAAAAAAGGGUUUUGAUGAAGAUUGUUGUUUUAAAAGUCGUUUUAAGAUUGAAAGCAUUUUAUCAGUUUAAUGUAUCACAUUUAUAAUGCUGUGAAAUAAUAAUUUAUUUCACAUGCUAUUAAUUAUUUGUUUAGCUAUAUUCUUCCUGUUAAAAAAAAUAUAGCUGCUGAAAUUUUUUAAGCUAUUAAAUGAAUACUGCAAUUACUGAAGAGUUAAGAGAAGGUUUUGCAAACUCGUGAAAUUAAUUGAAGAGAAUUAUACAAGUGCAAACAUUGUUUGAAUGUGUUUAAAUAAGACUGUAUUCUAUGCUAAUCCAUUGUAUGAGAAUUUAUAGCAAUUCUUUAAUGAAUCAUUGUGUGUAUUAGAUAUACAUUAUUUAAAUACAAAGGAUACUUUGUAUGCCUCAUACGACUGUGUCAUUAUUUAUAAUUGAUGUUAAUCUAAAUGCUAGUUGUUGAUUCAGAUUCUGUAAACUGUUCUAGAUACUUUAGAAUUCUUCAAACUAGGUAAGUGUAACUGAAAAUUAUGUUUAACUUAUAUAGUAAAGAACUAUUAAUUUUAGAAGUAUAAAUGGUCACUUGCAGUAACCAUGUUCAUUAAUAAUGCCAUUAAGUAUACUGUUUCUUGGAUUGACCAAAACAUGUUAAAUAAAUUUAAAAUUCAUCUUUUUAAUGUAAAUAAUUUUGUAAAUUUUUGUAUGUACAUAGAGUAAAGAAAUGAGGGAUUGAUUUUCAAAUAAUUACAUUCAACUUUCAGCAUAUUUUAAGUGCAUGUUAUUGUCUGAUAUUCCAUUUACCAGUUGUAUAAGUAAUUUAUAACUCUGAGUUGCAGGUAUUUUGCAAAAAAAUUUAUGUAUUACUGCCGGUUGUUACAAGUACAGUCCAUGUUGGAAUCAAUACGUCCAUUCAUGCUUGUGAAUUGUUGUUUUGCGAUGUGCCUAGAUUCAGAAUAAUAUUUAUAUUUAUGCUUUGUAAAGAGUUUAAGUGUCCAUAAGAAACUUAUUCUAAUAGCUUGCUAUUUUUUUAGGUAAAAGUUGACAUAUUAGCAAUUACUCUGUGAUCAUCAAUUUUAAUAUUAAUGUUUAUCCAGGUCCAAUAAAUCAAUCCUAAGAAAUUUUGGUUAUAUCAGUAUAUAAUAUUGUAAUAAUCAAAAUUAAUUAAAUGAUUAUUUUAUGUGUGAGACAUGGACAUGUUUUGUGACAUACUUCAACCAAAAAUUGUCACUACAUUUUAAAUGUAAAGAUAUUUAAUUAAAAUUUAUGAAUGUUCAUUUGUUAUUAAUAACAAUAAGUAAAAUUUGUUAUUAUAAAUAUGAUAAGACUAAUUAAGCUGAAUUUUACAUUAUGUGGCAAUUUAUUAACUGGCAUCUAAAGUUAAAAGAGUAUAUGGAAAAUGAUGAGUGACUUCAUGUUAACCUUUUUCAUGAAACAUUAUAUCAUAAAAAUUUCAAAUGCCUCAUUUGCAAUUAUUUUUAUUCAUAUUACUUUAACUGCUAUUGCUAAGAGAUAAAUAAUGUUAACAAAUGAUCUUAAUAGUAUUUCUUUCUUUCUAAUUUUUAUUUUCUGUCUAAACUUUUAUUACAAAUUAUUUUUUCUGUCCAGAAUCUUAUAAAAUUGAACAGUUCUCAAAAUUAAAGUUACUAAACUAAAAAUCUUUAACAUUUCGUAGGAAGAGGAUGCUUAAUAUAAAAAUAUACAAUAUGUUAAUAUAAACAAUAAAAUAUAAAAUAUGUUAUAAUUCAUUGUAUAAAUCUAAAAUAGCUAUAUAUGUAAAUCAGUAUGUCCUCAGAUUUCAAAUUAGAUAAAUUAAAUAUAAUACAAUAAAACCUAAUAUUUUACAUAAUAUUGAUUAAUGACAUUUAAAAGUAAUUUUGUUCAAAUAUGUCAUUUAGUUCAAAAUUAUUUAAGUAGACUUAAUAAUACACUUUUGAGUUUUCAUUACAAUUAGUUGAAAGUGUUUUAUUUUCAUCUCUUAUAAAAUAAAAGAAUAUUUCAUAUUUUAAUUAUAGCUUACUUUGUAUAUAUAAUAAUACUGACAUUUCAUAUGCUAUGAAGAUGCAUAAAAACAUGUCCAGUUUAUCUAGAUUUUCUAUUAACAAAAGCCAUAUGCCUUAAUUUAUAUUUAUAUAUGAAUACUGUGAAAUACCAAAUACAAUACCCCCCCCCCCCCUUUGCAGAAAAUAAAUUCAACAUCACUUUUUUAUUGUAUUAUGUUGGAAUUUAGUAAUGACUGAUUAUUAGAUAUUCUUCAGAAUGUUUUUUUUUUUUUUUUUUUCAUAUUAUUUCAUUAAAAUGUUUGUGUCAUGUAAGAUUACAUCCAUGGACCAAAGUUUUGUGGCCAAACAACAAAAGAAGUAGAUGAAAUAAGUAUGAACAAAGAGCUUAUUAUUUUUAGUGUUUUCUCAUUAGCAUGCUCUUGUAAACUCAGUGUUUGUGUUGUCUAGAAAUAGGCAUGUCUAGUAUUGCUGUUGCCCACCCUUAGAUUUUAUUCUAGUCAUCUUGCUUGAUUUUUCAGUGCACUGACUUUUCGCACGAAAGAUGGGCACUUCAAAAUAUAAAGCCUUGAAUAUAUUUUGAUUUGAAUAUGCGUUUGCAAAUUUUCAUUUUUAUUUCUUGCUUCUCCUUGAAGUUGUUGAUUUCAUAAAACUAGCUUUCCUGUUAGAGUUUAUUUUAUAAUCUAUUAUUAAGAAAAUUACAUUUUAGCAGAAAAUGUGUAGCUUAUAAAUAAGCUGUUCACUUUCACUUAAAUUCCACUUGUACAUCUCGACAGUGUUUGGAUUAAAGGAUUGCCAGGUUUCAGUUUAAAACUUGUAUUAUCUCACCAUUUAAAAGUAACUUUACUACUUAAAGAACAUAAUCGACAUAUGUAAAUGCUUUAAUUAACGAUUUUCAUAUUCAAGUAUCUUUAUAAAACAUCUUAAAGAGUGACCUAUAUUGCCAUCUAGAUUCAUUUUUUUAGAUGGAAUGUUCAGUUGUUCAUUAAAAAGUAGAAAAUAGUUAUAUUGGGUCCUAUUGACAUAUUUUAUGAAUUCCAUUCCCCUUAUGUUCUAGUAUAAAAAGCCUGAUUUAAUUUCUUUCGGUAUUAAUAAAUUUGAAAACAUAUUUGGUGAACAUUUCUUACUGUAUCAAUUCCAUUUGAAUAGUCAAAGGUUAAUUGCAAUUUAUGUUUGAAUAAAUACUUUACAAUACAAAAUUGUUUAAUUCAAACCUUAAUUUACCUUCUCAUUCAAACAUUUGAUAUGGUAUAACCAUAAGAGUUUUUAUUUGUAAGGAUACAAUGUUAAGGUGAUAUACUUAAAUACAUAUUAUAUUUACUACCAUUUUCUUGAUGUGAAUAAUUUAUAGACUUUGUUUCAAAUAAUUUUUCAUGGAAUAGAUUUUAAUUCAUCAGUAAUAAUUAAUUAAAUCUAAUUGUGAUCAAUAUUAAAAGAAAAAAUACACCAAAUAUCUUUAAUUUUCUUUUUAGAAAUUUAUCAUUAAAAACUUUGAGUAUAUCUAGCUGGAUGAUUUCAAAUUCAAAAUCUUUGUAAAGCAUAUUUAAUUAAGAAACCUGGCAAUCCUACCAAAAUAUAUGGAGUAUGUAUUUUCAUAUAUUAUUUUUUCUUAUUAAAAUAUUUCAGCCAUUUAACAUCUGAUCUGAGAUCAGAAUCAUUAACUAUAGAUUAUUUCCUGUGCUUAUAAAAUGGCUGGUUGACCCACACAUUUGCGAUCACUGAAUAAUUUUCUAUAAAUUAAUUGUUUAGAAUGAAAAAUAAUAUCUUGGCCAUUAAUGUAAGUACAGAUCAGUGAAAACUGCCAUGUACAUUUUUUUACAAAUAAGCUUAAAAUAAGAGCUAUACAACUUUUGGAAAAAAUUUUUAUUAAUGAAAUUGAAGCAUUCAUAUUUUAAGUUCUCAGGAAUCACCUCCAGAUGAUGUAUUACAUUUCUUUUGUUUUGUAUUGUGUACAUAAAGAAGAGCCAUCCAAAACUGUUUUAUAAACUGCUUCUAACUAUGAUAACACUUCUAAAUUAUUGUGCCAUGUGAUUUUGUUGUGACCAAUGAGGUCAGUGUAGAUUUUUUUUCUUCCGAAAAAUAAAGCAAAUACUUUAAAA